ACUAAGGGCAGGGAACUCGCCCUGCUCAGGGUCCCCUGGGUGGCUGGUGGCACAUGGGGCUGUCUUUCCUGAAGGCAGCUUUCCUGACGCCUGGAAUCUGUGUGCCGUGCCGUGCAGGGAGCCAGAUCCAGGGCACGCCCGGCGUGCCGAGGCAGAGCAGGAGGAGGAAGAGCCUGGCCAUCGCCUACGAAGCGGGGCAGGGCGGAGGGGCCGAGCCCCGGCGGGCGCGCUGGGAGCCGCAGCUCUGGCGGGAGCAGCUGCAGCGCAUCCGCCAGAUGAGGAGCAGCAGGGAUGCUCCCGUGGAUGAGAUGGGAGUGCACCGGUGCUACGACAGCAGCGCGCCUCCUGAGGUGAUGCGCUACCAGGUGCUGCUGGCCCUGAUGCUGUCCAGCCAGACCAAGGACCAGGUGACGAGCGCUGCCAUGCUGCGCCUGCGCCGGCGCGGCCUCACCGUGGACAGCGUGCUGCAGAUGGAUGAUGAGAGCCUGGGGCACAUCAUCUACCCCGUGGGCUUCUGGAGGAACAAGGUGAAGUACAUCAAGCAGACCACGGCCAUCCUGAAGCAGAAGUACGGGGGGGACAUCCCGAGCACUGUGGAGGAGCUGGUGCAGCUGCCAGGGGUUGGGCCCAAAAUGGCCCAUUUGGCCAUGCACAUCGCCUGGGACAGCGUGGCUGGGAUAGGUCCUGGCCUGGGGCCCCUGGGGACAGAUGAGUGUUCCAAAAGGAUGUGCUGCUUGAUGGAAGAGCCCUGGGAAAGCCAGGAGGAGCGAGUGGGCGAGAGCUGGAUCCUGCAGCCCCUCUGGUGACCAUCAGCUGGACAGGCCGUGGCCCCUGCCCUGCAUCCAGCAGCCCUUGGGGUCUGUUGUUCUCCUGCUGUGGGGGAGGGAAGUCCAGAGGCAGCCAAAGCAGCCAAGUGCUUUCCAAAUAACUGUGUGCUCCGUUUUGAUUUGGGAGGCAAGGCUUAGUCUUCCUGUUUACAGCAAUUUCCUGGGUUUUGCCCAAUUAGCCCCAGAGACAGGUUUAUCACUGCUGAUCUAACAAUAAUACACUUUGCAUUCAGAGCUUUUGAGCUCAAAGCACAUUAUAAACACUGCUUUAAGCCUCCCAAGCCCUCUCUGCUGGUGGGUAUUAUGAAAUGUGUUUUCCAUGCGGGCAGAGGAAGGGGCAGAGAUCACAAUUUGCGUAACUCCAGCUGGAACUCCAGGAGGAUGAGAACGUGGAGAGAGAACAGGGGCCAGGCCCUGUGCCUGCUCCAUGGAGCUGGGCAGCCUUGGAGAGAGGCUGGCCCAGACUGUGUGAGCCUGGGGAGAGACAGACAGACACCCCAAAUGCUUUUGGCUGCAAGCCUGGGAAGAAGAUGUUUGUUCUUGGAGUGAGCCUCCCCUCGCUGUGCUCCUGUCCCAGCUGGCUGCUCCUGCUGCCCCGGGGGCAGCCUGGCCCUGGGCUGUCACAGGCAGCUGUGGCUCUGCUCUCUCCCACCUAAACUCUGGGCUCUCCCU